GCAACUUUUAAGUUACCCAAUGGGUCAAGUCACGGAUAGCUAACUUUCCUAAAACAUUACUAUUAGUUCAUUGGCAAAAAAAUACAAUAAGCGCGUGACGAUGAAGGACCACAUUUCUGAAUAUUAAUUAAACCUCAACAAAGAUAGUAGAUAAAUUGAGUUACAUAACUUAUAUUGUAAUUAUAAUGAGGUUCCAACCCAUCUCUCUUGUUAACUAUGCUGCCACGAACACAGAUUACCUUCAUAUACACUGCUACUGUUAUUGUAUAAAGAUAUGGAACAAACGGUAGGAACAUAACAUGAUUAACAACUGUUUAAGCACCUUUUCUUUUACACCUUCUGACUCUAUUUGUCAAAAAGUGUUAAAUAGCAAAUACUAAUUACUCAAUGAUUCGUUUACUUUUGUGUUAUUAGGCUAAGGUAGACCUAACGAAGAAUAAAAGAUGGGUGACACAGAUGGAAACGUACUUCGAUUCGGCCGACAGUAAAAAGACUGGCCAUUUAUCACUCGAGAUGUUUGAUAAAUGGGCUGACAACAUAAGGGAUCUUGGGAAGGCCACUGCCGAAGAGAUCCAAGAGGUACGAGUAACUAUUCGUGACUUCUUCAUAGCAGCAGGAAUUCUUCCAGGCAAGCCAGCGACGAAGAAGGGAUUUAUCGAAGGCAUGAGUCGUCUUGCUCACCAUGAGCUGGAAAAGAAGCGAUUGGGUGAGCCGACACUUCACGAGAAGUCGAGUAAUGCCAUAUAUGAUGCCUUGGGUAUAAAGAGUGAUGAUGUCGUAACGGUUGACGAUGUAAAGGUUUUCAUGAAAUGUGUCGACAUGGAUCCAGAAGGAGCUGUACAAUAUUUCGCUAUGGCAGAUAAGGAGAAAAAAGGGAAACUUCCACGAGAUGAUCUAAUUAAGUUAGAAUUUCAAUUUUGGUUUGAACCUGAAGACGAGAGCACUAAAGGCAUGUAUGGAGGAACUUAUGAAGGCGCUGAAUAAGAAAAGCGUGCCUUUCCAUGCACAACUUCCAAAAUAACUUUAUUUAUAUAAGGGAAUCAGACUGUCUAGAAUCACUAGACACCCAAUUUGAAUUGUAUAUGCAUCUGAUUUGUGAAAUAAAUGAUAAUAAUCAUUUAUAUAUUGUGAUAUACUUCGUUGAUGCCGCAGCGAGCAAGCUAGCCUGCAGCGAGCGAGG